AUGCCCACAGUGCUCUUGUUCUUUUCCGUUCAAUCGGUAACACCAUCGGUCGUGAAUUGUGCCCAUGUUUUGAAAAAUUAUGCCACAAGAGUUGUUCAUCGGAUACAUGCCAAUCACAAAUUGGAGGAAAUUGAUUUAUUAUCCUAUGAUGGUCAAGAGUUGAAAGUGGUGGCUCCAUUUUCCAAAGAUACCAAUGAAAUUUGUGCAAAAAUCGAUCAAAUUAAUUUUCAACAUGUAGAAAAUGCAGGUACACAAUCAUCCAAUAUAAUUAUGAAUGGACUUGUUUCGUGUUUUAAAAACAUUGAAGAAACCCUAGGAAUUCACACUCAUACUCAGAUUAUUAUUUUCACGGAAUAUACCGAACUAUCAACAGAUGAAAUGUUUAAGAUACGACCUCCUUUUCCUGUCAAGUUACAUAUUUUCUCCACUUCAAAAUUACAUUACACAAUUUCACAAGCACCAAAAAUUGGAACCAGAAUGAAAGAAGAAACCAAUUCUGCCCAUAAGAGCAUUCCAGAAGCGCAUGUCAAUAAUUCUCUCAAACAACUUUCGAAAUUAUAUGAAGGCCAUUGCUACUUUGUGUCAUCGAGUGCCAAUUUGAGCAGUACUAACCAACAAAAUCCCAUUGUUCCCGAUGAGUCCAUCAUUAAUGAGUUUAUUAAGAAGCACUAUGACAAGUACAGUGGAUAUUUGGUUUUUGGACAUCUUGUAUCUCCCAUUGAGUUGCAUCCUGAUCCAAAUCUUGUCAUGUGGCUGUUUGAUAGACAGCAACAAGGUCUUCAUCCCACACUCGUGCUCAAUGACACCUCAUUUAGUAGCACUGCAAGCGAGAGAUCCUCAUGUCAUGUUCCUCCCAUUCUCAAUAUUGUAGGUUUCAUUCCAGGUACAGAACUCUCCUCUCCCAAAUGCAUCUCCAAGCACACUAUUUUACCACUGAAUCCUGACGAGACGGAGCAAGCGUAUGGCGUUCGUGUUUCAAGACGAGAUCGAGAAACUCUCUACGGAAAGCACAAAAAGAUUAUUAAGGCAGAUGCUUGCAAAGCAGAUGAAGCUCCAGCCUCGUUUUAUCAACUCUUACAUCAAACGUUACUGAAAGGACGACAAUUGAAUAUUCCUCCCCCACCUCCUACAGCGAACAAUAUGGGAGGCGAUGGAAGCGAUGAACAAUCGUCUUCGAGUAACGAACCAAAAAGAAUUUGUGCCAUUGUGAGUUUGGGUGGUAUGCCAGAACGCUUUGCUUACAUUACCGCUUGCAAUGAUGGUGACUCCUCUUCUCUCAUUCUAGGAGUUUUUAACGAGCUCUUAGAAGUUGCCCAAAGUGACAAGUAUUCGAGAAGUAUACCCAAAGCGCAGCUUGCAUGCAAUAAUUUAGCGUAUCCAUGGCUUUGCAAUGGAGUAGGUCAAAUGGUCGAAGAGAUGGCUCAUGCAAAUUCGUGGGACAUUCCUGUCUCUGGAGAGCAUUUUGAUUUAUUCACAAAAAACGUGAACCUUAAAUCCUACAAUUAUGACCUUAAACAAAGUAAGACUUCGGUUGUCAUACCUUUUCAAAAGAAUGAAACACUCUCCAAUGAUUUUGGAAAAAUUCAAAGAAAUAUCAAAAACUUGCCGAAAAAAACAGACCUAGUGACCAAUGAAUGUGAAAAGUUGAGAUACAUUUCACAGGUUUUCCACAAUCCCUAUAUUGUGGAAACCUUGAAAAAAUUCUUGAUGGAAUGUGUUGAUAGCAAUUAUGAGUUGUUACAAACUGAAACCUCUAUCGAGACACAAGAACAAUUACUGAAAGCAAAUUGCGUCAUGAAGGAGCUAUAUUCACAGCUAGACAAGGAUCCAAAGGUUAAACUGAAACCACCCAAAGAUCCACAAUAUUUUGAAAGUGUUAAACAAGACCUAGCCACCAUCAGGAAUCUCCAACAACAACAACAACAACAUUUCCAUCAUGCCCAACAACAACAACAAGCUCAACCAACACUUCCUCUCCAGGCACAACAACAGCAGCAACACCAAAUUCUUCUUCCAACCGUUCAUCAUACACAACACUUGCAUCACCAACCAACUCUUCAAGCACAACCUCCUCAAAUGUUGUCUGGCCAGCCAGUAUUCAUGGAGAGUGGAGGAGUGUCAAAUCCUCAAUAUCCCUAUACUGCUGGUCCGCCACAGCAGCAUCAUUUGCCUGUAGGUCAUCAUCAUGCAACCCUCCCAGUUCAACAGCAAACUCCACCAAUGGGCUACUUGCCAACUGCCAUGCCUAGCACCAUUCAGCCACCACCACCUCAAUACUCUGUGAAUUAUCACGGGCCACCACCAGGAGCGAAUGUGGGUGGAAAUAUGUAUGUGGCUCAACAACAGGCGUAUCCGUUACCGACUGCUUCCAUACAACCUCCACCACAACAGCAAGCCAUGAUGGAUCCAUCCACAUUGCAUCAUGUUGGUCCACCUCAAAAGAAGCACAAGCAAUAA